ACCGGAAAAAGACAAAACUAACAUUUCAUUUUUCUCUUCUUUUACUUUCUGUUAUCAGAAAAAAGUAAAAAAUGCAUUUGCAAGCUCAUCCUCCUCCCGUACCGCGGAACCUGCAAUAACAGUACUUUGUAUUUUAUCUUUCGGCAAAUUGUAUUUUCUUUUCUUAUUGAUCCCAUUAUAGCAAACUUUAAGGACAAAUUAUAGAAAAAAGAAGUGUUCUUUUCCCACACCCAGAUUUCAAUUCCAGUGAUUGUGGAACUUGGAAGGGGUAAUUUUGAACCACAAUAAAGGGUUUGGUACUGCUGUUGAUUGGAGUUCUUGAAAUGUAUAUACCUGUGGCUGCUUCUUCAGCCACGCCUCGAGGUGGAUUGCCUAAUGACGGUGGGGAUUCUGUUGUGACAUUAGAUCAAGUUCCGCGUUGGAUUGAUGCCGAGCAUUUGUUGGAGAGUGACAAUGGAGAUUCAUCGUUUUCCGGUCCAUGUUUCCCUGAUCCUUUGGCGUUUAACUCGGGAACUGGGAGUGGUGUAGGUGAUUUGGUAUCGAGGUUUCCUGUUGAUCAUGAAAUAAAUACAAGGAUUUACUUGUGGAGGGGGAAUCCUUGGAACCUUGAGGUGGAUGCUGUGGUUAAUUCAACUAAUGAGGUCUUGGAUGAAGCACACAGCAGCCCUGGGUUGCAUGCUGCAGCUGGACCUGGUCUUGCCGAAGAAUGUGCAACUUUGGGUGGGUGUCGAACAGGGAUGGCUAAAGUUACCAACGCCUAUGACCUUCCUGCAAGGAAAGUUAUCCAUACAGUUGGUCCAAAGUAUGCCAUGAAGUACCACACUGCUGCAGAGAAUGCUUUAAGUCAUUGCUACCGUGCUUGCCUUGAACUUCUAAUUGAAAAUGGGCUUCGAAGUAUUGCUAUGGGCUGUAUUUAUACAGAUGCGAAGAAUUAUCCCCGUGAACCAGCUGCACAUGUAGCUAUAAGAACUGUGCGGCGGUUUCUUGAGAAGCAGAAUGACAAUGUAACAGCUGUUGUCUUUUGCACUACCAACACAGCUGAUACUGAGAUGUAUAAAAGGUUACUUCCUCUUUACUUUCCACGGGAUAAACAUGAGGAGGAGUUGGCUAUGUCAAAGCUUCCUGCAGAUGUUGGGGAUGAGAACGGUGAGACUACGAUAGAUGAGCGUAAAAUCAGAAUAAAGCCUUUGCCUAAAAAUAAAAUUCCAAAACCUCAUAAAGAGCCAGUUGAUCUUCCUGUUAGUGAUGUUGGCUUGAUUCGCAGGACUUCAUCAUAUUUAGAUUCAUUUCUGGAUCCCGCCUUCAUGUCUUUGAUUAAAGACCCUGAUGAAAGACGUCUAGAGCAGUGGGAGAAAACUGUUCAAGCGCAACGAGGCUGGAAUUUUGCUAAUAUGCUUGGAUUUGGUGACCUAGGUGGACCUCCAUUGACUGCGGCUGAAGAAUAUUCUCUGCAUUCUAGAUAUCUUUCUAAAGCAAAAUCCUUAAAUCUAUCUGAAAUUGCAGAGAUGAAGAUUGUUUACCGUGGAGGGGUGGAUAGUGAGGGUCGUCCCAUCAUGGUUGUUGUGGGGGCUCACUUUUUGCUCAGAUGUCUUGAUCUUGAGCGAUUUGUGCUGUACGUGGUGAAGGAGUUUGAGCCAAUAAUACAGAAGCCUUAUACUAUUGUAUACUUUCAUUCUGCUGCAUCUCUGCAAGUGCAACCAGAUCUUGGUUGGAUGAAAAGAUUACAACAAAUACUUGGACGGAAACACCAACAAAACCUACAUGCAAUAUAUAUCCUUCACCCAACUAUUGGACUAAAAGUUGCAGUAUUAGGUCUACAGUUGCUUGUCGAUAAUGUGGUUUGGAAGAAAGUGGUAUAUGUCGAUAGACUUCUGCAACUCUUCAGAUACGUACCGCGUGAGCAGUUGACCAUCCCAGAUUUUGUGUUUCAGCAUGACUUAGAAGUGAAUGGGGGAAAAGGUCUUAUUGUGGAUCCCAGAACAAAAUAUGUUUAUCACAGACCUUGAGUGUGUCAUCCACAGUUCUAUGAUCAGUUGAUAAAGAACACCACUUGUCGCAGUUUCUUCAUUAUUCUCACAAUCUCACUGGUAGGAGAAAAAGGGUCUAUGUGCCUGUGUAUGUAAGAAUUCAGUUUUCUACUUUUUAUUUUUUAUUUCAAUUGUUGAUAAGUUUCUCUGUAAGUAAUAUAAUAUUACAUUUUUUUUUUCUGUGUAAUCUCUCUGUAGUGAGUUCUGAAUAAAAUUUAAUGUGAUUUUGAUCUGUUGAACCUGGCGUUGUUAUCUUUGUGCA